AUGGACGACAGAAUUAAGCAAGAUAAGCCAGCUGGUGGGGUUAUUCCACACCCUAGCGACCAAUUAACUUUUGAAUCGGAAGAUCAAAUCGUCAUUGCAAUGGACUUCGGCACAACUUUUACUGGCGUUGCGUAUGCAUUUCUUAAUGAUGAGAACCCUCGGGUUGUAGGGGUAGAUAUCUGGCCAGGGCUCACUGAGAGACAACCAAAGAUCCCCACAAUCCUAAGCUACAAUGAAAGUGGUGCAAUGGUUACCUGGGGAGCUCAGGCCCAGCAUGGUCGCAUGAUACGCGGGAUCAAGCUACUACUUGACCCUACACAGGCAAUGCCAUCCUAUGUUCCGGCAUGGAUUUUGAAGCGCAACCUCGAGCGCUUGGGCAGGCCAUCCGUUGACGUAGCCGCUGAUUUCAUUCGAGCCAUUUACGAAUACGUUAUGGGAAUAGCAGCUCGGAAGGCUAGUUUUUAUCCAGUGACUCUCGUCAAAGAGCCUGAAGCGGCUGCGUUGUAUGCACUAACAGAAUUCAAAGAGAGGGGGCUAGCUAAUGGUGACGCAUUCGUGAUUUGCGAUGCUGGUGGUGGCACUGUGGAUCUCAUAUCAUAUGAAAUCGUUCAAUUAGACCCUAGGUUGGAGUUGAAAGAGCUCGUGCCUGGUGCAGGCUUCAUGGCAGGUUCGUUGAAUCUGAACAACAGGUUCGAGGAAAAGGUCAAAGAACUAGUGGGGGAAGCUCAGUUCAAUGAUCCAGAGAAUUCUAGUGGUUUUAGGGCUGCCUUGAAGCAAUUCGAUACUUCCGUCAAACUAGGUUUUCUUGGUAUUGGUGACGAAGUAAACCAUUUGCACUUCCUCGGUGCAAAGCUCAAAGAUGACCAACAGAAGGGGCUUGAAAAUGCGUGCUGGACUAUAAAGAGUGCUGAGUUGAAAGACAUAUUCGACCCUAUAAUUGCAGACAUCAAGACCAAAGUCCACGAGCAGGUGCAGGAGGUCAAGAAGAAGAGACUGUCGGAGAAUCAUCCCAAGGCGGAUAAAGUCAAGGCAAUUUUACUUGUAGGAGGUUUUUGUUCUUCGAAUUACCUCAAAUCUCAACUUGUUCAAGAUCAUCCAGCUAUCCAAGUUAUCCAGCCGCAUGGUGCUUGGUCCGCAAUUGUCAAGGGUGCUGUUCUCACGCGCCUUCCUCAGAAGGUCAUGGUAGUCUCAACACAGGCGACACGACACUAUGGCGUCUCAGCCCAUCAUACCUAUGAUUAUGUAGAAGAUAUUGGUUAUCCCAAAUUUUUGAAUGCGUACGGAAAGUGGAAGACAUCCCGUAUGACUUGGUACAUACAGCGCGGAGAAGAUCUCCAACGACCACAAAAGAUACACUUUUCAUUUUAUCGAGUUCUCCAUAGCUUGUCGGAUGAGACUCUUAUGUUUAAGGAAAACCUUCACCAUUGCGAAUUAGUCAGUGCGCCUGUCCGCCCCGAUCCGACGGUCGCGAUAAAUUGUAGCCUGCAAGUCGAUCUGAGGGGCGUAGAUCGGACGACAAUCAGGAAGAGAAUCGAUAGGUUUGGGGACCAGUGCUGGGAUGUCUAUUUCGAUUUGGUCGUGACAGUUGACUCUGCCAUCAUGAUGUUUUCGCUUGAGUACAACGGCGAGGAAAUGGGUAGUGUUAAGGCCAAGUACGAUUGA